UACAACGGAACGUGUUAAUUAUUUGCUAUUAUUAUUUAUUUUGUAAAAAGUGUGUGCAAUUGGGGUUAAACGACGCCGCCGCCGCCGUAUGUAUGACGAUCAGAGAAACAUAUCUUCUCUCUUCCGUCUUCAAAACAGCAAAGUGAGGGAAUAACAAACCAGUGAUUAGUUUUUAAACCUCGACCGAAUGGGGAAGGUCCAAUCUCUGGUAUCUCUGUGCAUCGAAGAGCUUGAAAGAGAACUUGUUAAUGGUGAUGAUAUUCUACCAGACAUGUAUGAGCUUCCGCCAGAAUUAUUUGACUGCUUGAUGACUCGUUUGCCACCGUUGGCGCUGCAAAAGUUUCAAAAUGAAAUGCCUUUCAAAGACUUGGAUGAUUAUCAGUCUGAUGGUGCCUCCUCCAAAAAUGGAAGAAAACGUGGAAGAAAAGGGAAUUUUGAUGCUGCAUGGAAGGCAUUGUUUAAGUCACGCUGGCCUGAGCUUGUUGAUAAUAUCCAACCAGAUGACUGGCAGCAGAUGUAUUGGGAAACACAUCUGCAGAAUUGCCUUGAUGAAGCAGCUGAGGUAGCUGUACUUCCAUCUUUCAAUGGUUGUAUUAGUGAGAUAAAGAUUUCAGAGACUACACUGGAACACCUUGAUCGCUCGGGAGACAUCAAUAAUUCAACUAGUGGCUAUUCAAAAUUAUCUUACCACUUCCAGCAUUUUGGUUAUUAUGCUAGAUGUCUAAGACUUCAAAAUGUGCUGUGCGUUGCAGAAACUUCACAAUUGUUAAGGAGCAGUAAAUUGCAAAGUUUGGUGCUCCGAUGGAUCAGAUCUGAGGAGCAUGUUGAAGGGUUGUGCAAGCUUCUGGUUCAGAACCGUGAAACGUUGAUAACACUUGAAUUUAGUCACUGCAAGCUCUCUUCAAAUUUUGUCAACGCAAUUUUUGAUUCUUUAUGCAUAGCGAGCAGUAAAGCACAUAGGAUACAACACUUUUCGGUCAACACAUCAAGCUUUCUUGAAACAAAUCUAGUCUCUUUACCCCCUGGACUUGUGUCAUUUCUAACAUUGGGAAGGUCCUUGAGUUCUUUAAAAUUCUGUAAUGACCACCUAGAUUGGAAAUUUGCAAGAAUCAUCUGGAGUACCCUUCUUGAUGUUUCCUCAAGUCUCUCCAUCCUUGAUCUUUCAGAAAACAAUAUAGCAGGAUGGCUUUCUAGUUUCAACUGGAGAUUCUCAAGUGACUCCCUUUCAGUUUUAGGAGUAAGCAAAUCUUUGCAUUCACUUCGUUUGCUCAAUCUAAGGGGAAAUGAUCUAAGCAAAGAUGAUGCAGACAAUCUUCGACGUGCAAUGAUUUAUAUGCCUAACCUGGAAAUUUUAGAUCUAAGUGACAAUCCCAUUUCUGAUGAUGGAAUCAGAAGUUUGAUCCCCUUCUUGGUAGAAGCAUCUGAAAGAUGCUAUCCGUUGGCUGAUUUGAAGUUGGAGAACUGUGAGCUUUCCUGUAAUGGAGUAAUUAAGCUUCUAAACACACUUUCAACUGUAGAAAAACCAUUAAAAUCUCUCUCCAUUGCAGAUAAUAGCCUUGGCAGAGAAGUUGCAUCAGCUUUGGGAAAAUUGUUGAUAACACCCAUUGAGACGCUUAACAUUGGAGGUAUUGGAUUGGGUCCAUCUGGCUUUCAGGAACUACAAGAACAAAUAAUGGAAGAGGUUCAACUUGCAGAUAUCAACAUAAGCAAAAACCGUGGUGGGGUUGAAGCUGCAAAAUUUGUGUUGAAGCUCAUACCAAAUUCUCCAAAGCUUCUUGUAAUUAAUGCAGCAUAUAAUCUAAUGCCUGUUGAAUCCUUUCCUAUCAUAUGCUCUGCCCUGAAGGCUGCACAAGGCCGUGUUGAGCGGCUGGACUUGACAGGAAAUAUUUGGGAAUUGCAACCUGCUCAUGCGUCUGUUGUUGCUGAAUUUCAGCAUAAUGGAAAGCCUGUUCUGAUUCUUCCAUAUUUUUCGGCUUCGAAUUUUACCUAUGACGAUGAUCCUUAGAUGGCUUGUCUAUUGCUCGGUUCCGUAAUAGGAGUAUCCUUUUCGCAAGGGUAUUCAAAGAAUUAUCUAAAUCAUCUGUGUUCUUUGAGAUUUUCAGUAUCAAAUAAUUUUGUAGAUCAUAUAUUCCUUUUCUACUUUAUAUAUAAAGGUAAAAAGGAGCUUCCCUUGGUGACAUA